GAAAACCAAACCAAAAAAAAAAAAAAAAAAUUGUUGCGUUGCGUUGUGCUGAAUAGUUUUCUGUGUAUUUUUAUUAAAAACAACUGUAUUCGACUUUAGUAUUAAAUUAAAGUAAAUCAAUAUGAACGCACCACCCACCUUCGAAUCAUUUCUUUUAUACGACGGAGAAAAGAAAGUACAAAAAGAGGAAGACACUAAAGUAACCAAUGCAGCAAUUUUCACAGUCAACAAGGAAGACCACACACUUGGUAACAUGAUCAGGCACCAACUCCUUAAGGACCCGAAAGUGUUGUUUGCUGGCUACAAAGUGCCGCAUCCCUUGGAACAUAAGUUUGUGCUCCGCAUCCAGACCACAUCGGACUAUACCCCUCAGGAUGCCUUCAUGAAUGCCAUCACUGACCUCACAUCAGAACUAUCUCUGUUUGAGGAGAGAUUCAAAGAGGCUAUUAAGGAGAAGAAGGAUGGGUUAGACUGAUGUCACCAUUAAUUUGAAAACAAGUGAAAAAAUAAAUAAUUAUGGACUUAUAAAUUAUUGAUUAAGUGACAAAGUGAUUGACAGUUCUACAAAAUGUUUUACCUAAUAUUAAAAAUUUUAACUAUUGGGAAAUAAAACUAAAUGUAUCAAUUA